AUGCCGUCGUCCAAGAGUGCGUUCCUGGUGCUUGCGGCCUUUGUUUUGACCUCUUAUGGCGCACAAGCCGAGCCUGUGACUCUAACUGAAGCUACUUUUGAUCACCAAACAAGUACUGGUGUAUGGUUUAUUAAAUUCUAUGCACCAUGGUGUAGCCAUUGCAAGAAACUCGCGCCUUUAAUCGAUGAACUCUCGACGACUGACAGUCUCUCGGAUACGAACGUAAACGUGGCAAAAGUGGAUUGUACCAUGGAACAAAGUGUCUGUGAACGCUUUAGUGUUGGCUCGUACCCUACCCUCAAGGUCAUAGCUGAUGGGAAAUCGUACGACUACAAUAAUCGUCGAGAUGUGCCCCAUAUGGUCGCAUUUGUAACUGAAGGUUAUAAAAAAGAGUUUGGAGAGCCUGUCUUGAGCUAUACAGAGUUUAUUGAGCAACGGAAAGCUGCAGUGAUUGAACAAGAGGAGAAUGAACGCAAGAGUGCAGUUGUACACGUUACUACGACUUUGUUUGAAGAACAAGUACUGAAUAGUAAAGAACCAUGGCUCAUUAAGUUUUAUGCUCCAUGGUGUGGCCAUUGCAAACGUUUGGCACCUACUUGGAACAAAUUGAGUCGGACAUUGAAGGAGAAUGACAGCAAGACAAAGGUCGCGAAAGUAGACUGCACCGUUCAUCGUCGAGUGUGCUCACGCUUUGGUGUAAAUGGCUACCCAUCCCUCUUCUAUAUCAAUGAUGGACAAGUGUAUAGAUACAAGGGCGGACGCUCGCUCCCUGCAUUCCUUGACUUUGUGGAGAGCGGCUGGAAGACGGCAGAAUCGACUGGCCCCGUGCCGGAGGAAGGCUUCUUUUCCAAAAUUGUGGACAUUGUCAUUGAGUGGGCUUCUGAACACACAAUCCUGGCUGUCUUGGCAGGUAUCUUGGCGAUCGCCAUUAUUGUGGCCAUCUUGGUGGCUGUGUUGGACUACUGGCUUGGCGUAGAUGAUGUUGGACAGUACAAGAAGGUACUUGACGAGAAGGAAGAAGAAGCGAAGGAAGAUGGAGAGAAUGAGCAACUCCCGCCUCGUGUGCCGUCUGCGUCGGAGGCCAAGAAGUCGGGUCAGAAGCCCAAGGACGAGUAA